AUGUUGUGGCUGCUUCUCUCCAUUUUGGCUCUUUCUGCGUUGUGGUCCGCGCAGGCGCAGGAUGACAGCUGCACGAGGGUGUGCGGAAGCCGCCCGCUAGCUAUGAGCCAUGGCAACUCGCUGAGGAUCGUGGGAGGCUCCAACGUUUUGCCGGGGACAUGGCCGUGGGUCGUCAGCUUCCAGUUCCCGGCGCAGGAGGGACCCAGGCACUUCUGCGCAGGCUCCCUCAUCAACUCCCAUUGGGUCCUUUCUUCCGCUCACUGCUUCAUGAUCCAAAGGUUUGUAAAAGUCGAGUAUUUGAAGGUGCACAUUGGCGUAACGCAGCGUUCCAACCCAGGCCCCGAUGCCCAGGUCCGCUCCAUCAAGAGAAUCGUGGACCAUGAACAGUUCCGCCACGAGGGGUAUCUCAACGAUAUCACCCUGAUUGAGCUGGACCGGCCGGUGCUUUGCAACGACUAUAUCCAACCCGCCUGUUUGCCGGACGAAAACCUGGAGGUGGAUUCCCUGACCCAUUGCUACACCUGUGGUUGGGGCAUCACACAGAUAAGAUGGCGUGCCCCGUACGCUGACAUCAUGCAGGAGGCCAGGGUGACCAUAAUGCCCGCCGACAUCUGCAACAGCAGCAAGUGGUAUGACGGACAGAUCAUACAGGAGAACAUCUGCGUCGUAUCUGAGGAAGCAAAGGUGGACCGAUGUAAGGGCGACGGGGGCAGCCCCCUCAUGUGCAGGCCAGGGAGAUCUGAGCGCUUCUGGGUCGUGGGUCUCAACAGCUGGGGCAGAGGCUGCACGGUUGGGAAGGUCCCGGGAGUCUUCACCGCCACCCAGCACUUCUACUACUGGAUCCAGAGAAUACUGAAGGACCCUCCUGUCUCUGCUCUCGUCCCGCCAUUCAAGCCAACACCGCCCCCCACCAAGCCCCCCACCACCCGCUCCACCCUGUUUUCACCCCCAGCCUGGGCAACGGCACCCAAUUUAAAGAGACCCACUCAUAUGUUGGUGAACGGCAAGUAUUAUGGGUACGGGGGCAAGGCCCGGCCAACUUACUCGUUUGAACGCCCCGGUUAUGUCGAAACCACAACCUCGCGGCCUCGUAGCACAUGGGGCUGGUACACGGGCCCAAAGAGGACUUUCCCCCCCUACAAGCUGACGCCGUACCGGCCGACAACUCCCUGGUAUCUCACCAGCACAAAGUUCCUGGGCUGGAAUGUGCGGCCUAGCAUUAUUUACAGGCUGCCCAAGCAGAAGCCACACACCACGGCGAGACCACAGACCCCGUGGCGGAACACACCCUGGACCACCAAGGCAUGGCCACAGACCCCGUGGCGGUACACGCACCGGACCAGGCCCAGUAACUGGGGCAAAUAG